AUGAACAAACAUAACAAACGUCCCUUUCAAAACCAAUUUCGAGCUACAGAUCGAUGGAGAAGACAAGACAAUGCAGUAAACAUAAACAAUGUUGAAAUUGGGUCAUUUGUACAUGCAUGUGAAGGAGAAAUGCUAUAUGCAUCAACCCACACAAAAAUUCCGUAUUUUAAUGCACCUGUAUACCUUGAAAAUAAAUGUUUGAUUGGGAAAAUCGAUGAAAUUCUUGGACCUAUGAACCAAGUAUAUUUUACUGUUAAACCUCAAGAAGGCAUUGUUGCAAAUUCAUUUCAUGCAGGAGAUAAAGUAUACAUUGGAACUGAUAAACUUUUACCUCUUGAACGAUUUUUACCACAACCCAAAUCCUCUAUUCAAAAAAAAACGCAAAAAUUAUCCCGAGGCAGCUAUCAAAGCAAAGACCGUAGGGCUUACCAAAGAUUCAACAGGAAAAACAAAUCUUCUUUUGGUAGCCGUCAGAACCCCACCUUUUUCAAAAAAUCUAAAAAUACCCAAAGAAACUCCAAACAAUUCUCUCGUUAA